AUGGAUCGCCUAGGCAUCUAUUUCAACAACCUUACAGACACUAUUGUCGGACGAACAACCCUCCCGGUUAUCCGCAAAUGGGGACAUCCUUGGUUCCUCCUACCUAAGACCAACGAGGCCGCUAUCGCAUUCCUCACGGAGAGCGAGAUCCGCACUUUCAUCGUCGAUUCGGGCACCCAGCGGUCCCAAGACUUCACAACCUCCUACGGCAAGCUGGCCACAACGAUACGCUUCAAAUUCACCCUAAAGGAUGACCAGGAAUUCAACUACGAAAUCGUCGCUGAUGUGCUCUACCUGAACCCCUCAACGCCCCGUCUUGCACGUGGGACCAAUUUUGCCUCCCUAGAGUUCCGUAACGAGGUUGAAAGAUAUCAUGCCCCUCUCCGCCCCAUCAACGACACAGCAGGGCCAAAUGGCAUUGUCCCUACGCUCCUAGUCUUUGGCGCCUCACCUCGAAUGGCCUCAGCAGAGCGGCAAGUGCAGGGCGCCUUACACACAAAGAACGGACCAUCAUCAACAGGCGUUAUACUAUCGCUCCCACUGCAAAGCGAGACCUUCCGUUCCACCCUUGUGCAGCCUUAUUUCCGCGACGAGACGACGAUCCCUGCCCCGCUGCUGCUGCUGCGGAUGAUUCUGACAUUCCUGUUUCUGAUCCUGCGAGCGAUUCUGUUCCUGUUUCUGCCCCUCCCCUGCCCCCUGUUCCUGCUCCUAAUCCCCGGCGCCGCGCAAGCGAGGCCGCCCUGGUCGAAGAACAAGCCAAAGACGACGUUCCUAGUCAAGAAGGAAGAAGAUGCCUACCAACCAGCCAUCAAGCUACGGGACGAAGGCAUUAUCACAACGCCAGGCACCCUUUGA